AUGGCUGACACUCAAAGUCCUGAGUAUUCUGACCUUGAGAGAGAGGAAAGCAUGGUCGAAGAACUUCGAGACACGCAGAUACGCGUCGCUAGCGACGAUGAGGACUACAGCUCCGACAGCUCUGAGGAAAGCAUUACCACGCACGCAGACGGCAAUGAAACGCCACAGCAGCGCGCUGCGAAUCAACGAGCUGGGCGGAACCGGCCUUCCGGUUCGGAACCGUUACGCAUGCUUCGCGAAACGGCGUUUCCGGUUGAGUACCGCUUUGUUCAAACGUUAACCGAGGAGACUCCGACAUCCGAGUUUAGCUCCGUAAACGAAGAAAAGCGCAUGGGCCUGAAGUCGCUGGGUGGGCUUGUCAAAUAUAGCUCUGCGGAUCUGUUGACACGGGCGUGGUACCUCUGUCCGACCGAGUUGAAGACGCGCGAGUACCCGCUUUACUCGAAGUUGCCCAAAUGUCCUGAUGUGAUGGAAACUCGCUUCAUUGAUACGGACGAAAUUUCACAUUUCAUGUGCACAAUAGCACUUCAGCUGGGCGAGCGAUACCACCGCGUCACACCUGUGUACCUGCGGUCGCUGCUUGUGCAGGCGGUAGUUCGUGAUGAAAUUGCAGGCGCAAAUCAAGGUUUCUGCAACAGCAAGCCGUAUAGUGAUGCGUUGCUGGCGCCGAUGUGGGAGGACAUUCCCGCUCGCGAAAACGGCAUCGGCGAUUUGUCCGAGGAAGAUGAGAGCGACGACAACGAGUUCAACGAAAUGUUGGAGUCUGAACCCGCUGUCAACGCGUUCGAUUUCAGUGUCGCUCUUGUGCUUCCUGUCGUUGCGCAAAGUGUUGCAGCGGAAAGCCUGCGUCUACUGCAUUCCUUGGUGAACCGGUGUUUGGCAUCGCCAUCCGAUGCGGCCGUUCUGCGUUCAUGGGGCGUGAGGCGAAUUGUACUGAUGGUGCUACGUCACAUGUAUCAACAUUCGGGUGACGGUGAAAAUAACAGGUGGAUUGCCAGAGCCAUUUCGCUGCUCUCCAAAAUUUCCUUCACCUCUGGAGACACAAAAGGGCUGCUCGCGCUUCUGCGUUGGAGCCUGCUGCAUCGCAGCGUCGUGGAGACGCUGACCAUGCGCAACGUCCACAGUGUCGUGCAGCGUAUUGAGGAGAAAACAGCUUUCCGAGUUCGUCUUUCAAUUCCUGUGGUGCCCUCGAAGGAGCAGACUAUUUCGCUUCUCCAUUCUAUCGGCAGCACUCCGCCAUUUGUGAAGGGGUUGUGCGUUUUCAUGGAAGAAGAUGCCGCCCGCUGCAUUGUCUUCACGGAAAAUCGCUCCUUCAAGGUAGCGUUGACCCCGCCGUUCGAAGUUAUCUGCUGGAGCAGUAGCGCACCGGAUUCGUGCAGGGGCGUCUACGUCGAAGAAGACAUGUCUGUUUGCGUUCUGGGCGACAACGGCAAGGUGUUUUUUAUCGACAAAGAUACCUUGAUGGUGACCAAAACGCUCACGCCACCAGUGUCGUCUGUAUCGUCUAGAGACUUUCCGUUAUACAUCGGGAACGAAGAGUACAUCACACCACACUUCCUUGCCGGCGCCUCCACUGAUAAACAGGCGUGCUUUACGGGAGACGAAAUCAAUGGGAGCUUGCUACCGAGCACCAUCACAUUGCCACGCACGUGCGACUCGAUGAGCGUGCAGUUCUAUCUCUGUCCUGUCAUCACUGGAACCGUGAGUGAGAUGAAAAUACUGCAGCUCAGCUCCGGCAGUAAGAACUGGCUCACCGCAACUGUAUGCUUGAACCCUUUGAACUCCACGAUGCUUCUCACCUUUUGCCACGGCCAGGACACGGUGGCCGAAGUGCGCGAGACGCUGAAGUCCGAGUGGGCCCUGUGGAGCGCCACGCUAACGGCAGCAAACGACACCGCGUCGUGGACAGUGUUUAAAAAUGGAGUCCCAUGCGAGGCGCGAAGCCAAAGCGGUACCCUGACGCAGCCAUCCGUAAGCAUCACACCGACGCUGUUCAGGGGUCGAAUAAAUGCAUACGUUUCUACGCUGCAGUUGUGGAGCCGCGCACAGAACAUCGAAAGCAUGCGCAACACGGCGCUGGAGCACCCGUCGGAGAACAAAUCACAGUUUCUCGUCUUCUCCUUCCUCAUGGACGAAGGUCUGGGAUGCAGUCUGCACAGCCCUCAAACCGGUUAUGUGUGGCAAGGCGCCGGAUUGCGUUGGGAUUGUCCACCGAGACCGUUCCCUGCAACUCGUCACGCCUCGCGGCGGGUGCAGUGGUGGCCAUCCGGUGAGUACUACGUGGUUACGAACACAUUCGAGUACGCGGUGAUUGAACCGCAGUCAACCACAUGGGUCGACCGCGACGGGCGCGUUGUCGAGCAGGACGACGGUCUCUUCUCUGUCAACGAGCGACCGUUUUACAACAUCAGCGACGGCUGCUUCUACCUCUCAACGCAAGACACCGUCGGCAUCUACUCGGUGAAGUCCAACUCGCCACCGGCGGCCUAUCUCAAGCAUCUUCCGUCCUUGACAGCCGGCAAACAAUGUUGUGCACGCAUGCUUGAGUGCGUGCGCACGCGCGCCUCGAUUACCGCGCAGCAGUACUUGGAAUACCUGGUACAUCGCUCAAACUUGUAUUUACUGACGUUCAGUGACGAGCACGACGGUAUAGGGCCGAUCGAUUUGUCGUCAAGCCUGCGCGAGAAUCUCACCGUUGUCGGCCGCCUCCUCGACAUGACCGAAUACCUCGUGUCCGGGAUCGAGCGUGGCUCACAGGAAUGUCUCUCUGCUGAGCUUAUUUUAUGUUUCAUUGGGCGGCUGCUGAACAUCCACGUGAAGCAAUUCGAGCGUCAGUGUCCUGGCCAGGUUGUACGUGUUGUGGUGGACGUGCACAAGCGCCUACAGGAACUGAACAGCCAGACGAGGCAAAACGAAUUCUUGCACGAAGCCGCAAGCGUGUUCGGUGAGCUGAACAAGACGGUUCUAGCGGGCUGCGUGAGCCACGACUUUCAGAUGAAGCUCAUCAACGAGAGUGCCAGCUUGAAGGACGUCCGACAACUUUUGAUGCCCGAGAAUUUGGCGCAGUUUGUGGCCUCCGUGAUACAAAAGGAUAUGAAGAAAAUGUUCAUGGCGUUUCUACAUCGGCUGAAGGAGGAGUGUCAGGAAGAGGCAGUAUGCGUUUUUGAGAAGAAGCCGCGCCAGAUUGCUGCAUCGGAGGCGAUGCUGAGCACCCUGCUCGGUAUGCUGUCGCAGCAGGAGUACUCGCAGUGGCACUUGGUCGCAGCGGCCCUCAUCAGCUCCUUGUGCAAGUGGAUCAUGCGCUGUUUCGAGGAGAAAUUCGCAUCCGACGCCGAGCGUUUUGCGAACGUGGAUGUUUUGAAGGGAACAUCUAUUGGUAUUGUCCUCUUUCCGGUCGUACAUUACAUGUGCGACAUCCAGCUGAACUCUACCAUCGCCCCUGACGCGCUGCGGGCUCUCAACGACGCGCGCAAGUGUUUAGCGCGGUACAGUCUGUCCACCGGUAAAGAAGACAACGAGAUCGUGUCCUUUACAGAGACGCACUACGUAGUGUCGCCGCCGCAGCUGACCGCCCCAUUCACGGCGAACCUGUCCUUGCAAUAUGCCAAAAGCAUAAAGGUGGAAUUUGCGGACUCGCCCGAAACGGGCGAGCGCGCUUCCGGUCGCACCACCGUCUCCCUCAUCACCAACAACUGCCUCGCCGACGUAGAGGUUCUCAACCCAGGCCAGCAGGCCGUCUUCCAAGAGGGUGCACGGAUCUCCAUCGUGUGCGGUGCCGAUGCAUCGCAGCAGACUCCUGUUUCAGGGGUGUCACUCAUCGUGCACACAGCCGUGGAGCUGACGACGGAGAAGACGGACUGGAUGCGCGAUAUUUGCCUGGCCCUCAGCUCCAUCAUUAUCCGGGUCACGCAGCUUAACUUGCACGACACUUCCCCCUCCGGCAGCACACUGGGUGAAGAGUCCUUCCUGCGUGGCGGUCUUUCCACGGACGUGGAGAAGCGCAACCGAAUCGUGCCUAUCGCCGACGGCAAGGAGGAGUGCGCGGAGCUUCACACGCAGCUGUGCGCCGCCGCGGAGAAGUCGGAUGAGGUAUUGGCUUCCAUUUGGACAGCUGUGUAUGAGCGAAGCCGCAUUCCGUACGCCGGCCGCCUGGAGAGCAUCAUGCGGUGGGCAACCUGCGCACUGGCGUGGCACACACUGUCGUUUCCAACGGAGGAGCCACAGACGGUGGAGAGGCUGUUGGUCGGCGCGGUCGAGAAACUGAAGCAAAAGAUCUUUUUGUUGCUGGAGGCGCUGCAGCAGGGACGCGAGGAGGCCAUCGUUGAGCGUGCGCGGUUUCUCCUGCACGACGUUACACCGCGCAUCUUUGGCGAGUCACAGCUCGCCAACAACCAGCACACGGAGGAGCCCGUGACGGCGGAGACUGAUCGCGGGUCGCGGCAGCAGUCGCGGCUGAUGUACUCCCUGGGCCACCGCAGUCGAGCUGCAAUGGCGAGCUUUCCGACGUUCACGGCGCAGACGCUGGACUUAUCGAGUAACCACCGUGGCUCCCUCGUGAGCACGCGCAAAACGGCGACGCGGAUGGCGGACGCCUCCCCAGUAAACAUCUUCAGCAAAGCUGCGAAGAGCGAAGAGGACGGGAUGCCGAACAAGCUUAUUUAUUUCAUGAUUAAUGGGAUGAACAAGUCGACGGAGGAGAUACUGAAGGACAUGGUACUCAAGACCCAGCAGACAGUGUACCAGACCGCCGCGUACCAGCUGCAGGAUGACCUGUGCAAAUCCUUCGCGCACGACCGCGAGAUGCUCGCGUCGAUUCUCACGACACACCUGCACUACCGUCUGGAUGCCUCUCAAGCGAAACUGGUGACGGUAGGCGAGGGCAGCGACGCGGCGGAGGUAACGAAAGCGGGCUUUAGCCACCACUACACGGAGCAGAUGGUCGGGUGCGGAAUGCUGCGCGAGGUGGAGUUGCAGAAGGCGGUGUGCUCCUUCGUGCAGAGCUGUCUGCGGGCCCUGCUGUUAAAGCUGGACGACACACAAAACUUCCCCUACGCGGAGGCGGUGUACAUGUGUGCGACGCUGUGCCACCCUUGGGACGGCGUUGACAUGUCCGUUCUCCAGCCACGUGAGAUCUUUGCCCUUUUGAAAAAGCUGUUCACGACCGCGUACGGCCUACGCCUGGACUCCACAAGCGGCGACGCUGAGAAGUACUACGAGAGCCACGGCCUGUUUGACCUGGCGCAUCGGUGUCUCGUCACGCCCAACGCGAUGCUGCAGACCUCGGUAGAAGGCGUGCACGUGGUGCAGAGCGAGGUGCAGGGACUGCACGUAGAGAACGUCAACAUCGUCUUCAGCGCUCGCACGCACUGGAAGGCACACGGGCCCAACACGAAAAUACCAGCAAAAUCGGAAGAGGUGGACUACUACGCCAAUUACGGCAUCCCAUGCGUGAUUAGCGAGUUUCCUGACGUUCAGUACUUCGAGGUGACGCUGGAUUUCGCGCUGCACCCAGACAAUGCGGUGCUGCAGAUGGGUCUCAGUCUUGUCCCGCUGUCCCCGCUCGAUCCGGUGCGCGCGGACUACGUGCUUUCGCUUGCGUCCAACGGCCGCGCCCAUCACCCUGAGAAGCAAGACUGCCAGCUGUCGGACCCAUGGAAGGUGGGGGACGUAAUCGGGUGUGGGCUCAUGGCCCCGUCGAACAGCGUCUUCUUCACGCAGAACGGCAAGUUUCUCGGCGUCGUGGCGGAGAUGUCGUCCCUGUCGAGCGCCAUUCCUUUUGUCAGCGUACAGGGCGAUGACACCUUGAUGAAGGUCAUCGUCAACUUUGGCGAGGAACAACCUUUUAAGUUCGACCUCGCCUCCAUGCACUGCAGCAGUCGCCAUCGUUAUCUUACGCCGGCAACCGUGUGCGACACCGUCCUCAUCACCACCGACUACCUCGUUACGAUGUGCUACAAAGACCUCUCCUGCGACAACACGACCUCUGCGACGAACGGGGAGGCAAUCAGCGGACUCUUGGAGAAGGCGACCGCGUUCCUCAGCACCGCGGCGACGUCGCUGAUGGCGAAGCUGAACGCGUACCCUGCCGGUCAAAACACCCGCAUUGAACUGAUUGUGGUGCUGCUUUCGCGCAUUAUGCACUGCGUGUCUGUCGUCAUUGAGUGCUUCCGGUAUGACUCUGUGACGCCUCGCACGCACGCGAUGGUGUUACAGCUGUGUGCAGUGAUGCUUACGCGAUGCCGUGACAAGUGGGUGAAGGUGCGGGCGUCGCACUGUUUAUCGAUGCUGUGCAAGAUGCUUCGACCUGAUUACCUCGUGGAUGCGUCGGAGUCCUUGCGCGGUAUCGUCUCGUCGGAGGACAUCGUGCAACAGCUGGUGGACCUCGCCCGCGUCAAGCUCAUCAAAGAAGUCGAAGCACCUAUGCAGCCGCCGCGCUGGGUGGGCGACACGACUGUGGUGAAGGGCAAGGGCACAUUCUUUGGCUCCGUGCCGUUACCGAAGAAAGGCACCCACCUCGUCGGAUUCCGCAUCAAGCGUCGGCAGCAACAAGUGCAAGGUCCAGGUGCACCGCUUGGGGGAUGCUACUACCUCGGCUUGGCGCACGGCCAGCCAUCCAUUCCUAACAUGGGAAAUCUGAUCAGCCGCAACGACGUCUUCGUGCUUCAAGACACGGACGACCAAGAUCAGGUUGCACACUUGCUGUUGCGACGCCACUGCAUUCCGCGCAACAAUCACCGGCGAGUGUACGGCAACGACGAAGUGGUGUGGGUGGAGUUCAACGCCGACUACGGUGAGAUCACGUUCUACCGCGAAAAUAUGGUGAUGAUCGGGCUCGCGUUUGCCAACAUUGCGCAGGUGGAUGACCUGUACCCCAUUGCGUUUCUCUUCAACGAUGACGCCUCGUGCGAGAUUAUCCCGCCGCCGUCCAUCUCCGACGAGUCGGUGGAGCACUGGACGGAAAGUCUGCGGCGUAGCACGGCCAUCGACUCACUGCAGGAGUUGCACCUGGUGCCAGGCUUCUCGCCUGUUAUCUCGCUCAUGGUGCAGCGUUCGAUCUCGCAGUUGGACCGCGGCCUUGACGCCUGCCUCGUUGCGCUCGGUGUUCUCGGUGGCGAGCGCAGCUACCUCUACUGCCAGCACGACACGUUCGGCAUGGUCGUCGUGCACGCCAUCGCCGAAGUCACCGGAAAAGUGGUGGUGUACCUCGCAAGCGAUGAAGACCGGCGACUCUUCACGGUGCAGCCGCACGGGUUGAAGCCGUCGUUUAUCCAGACGCCACUGUACCAGAGCGCGUCGCCCGACGCGCACAACUGCGCCUCGCUUCUGUCAAACGAGCUGUACAAGAUCCUCUACGAAGCCUCGGUGGUCGCUCCGUUGCUGCACAACGAGGAGGAGCAGCGCCGCGAGGUGGAGCGGCUCUACCAGGAGUCUCUGAGCCGCUCUACCGCGAUGAAUCUCAUCGGCGUCCUAACGGAACAGCAGCAGGAGGUGAAACAAAGUGCGGCGGUGGUAGGCAACGCAAGCGCGGUGGACAUGGGCUCGACGAACUUGCCGUACCAGCGGUCGAGCACCGAUGUCAUCUUCACUGAACGGACGGUGGCGAUAGAUUUGCAUUGCUCCACCAAGACGCUUUAUACACCAAACCCGUCGAUCGCCGUCACCACGGCAGAAGGGUGCUCCGUGGUGCGGGGAGACGUUCAGAUGGACAUGCGCUUCACCCUGGCGGUGUCCAUCACGCAGACAUCGCCGAACGACCUGAUGUACGUCGGCUUCACCACGACGCAAAUGCGCUGGCCGGAGACGCAGGACGAGGUCGCCAACUGGGACGACGCGUGGGCACUGUGCAACCGCGACUCUGCCGCGACGAACAGCGUGAACUGCUGCAUGGAGCCUGGCAUCAUUUUUGGCGCAGCAGAGAAGCUUUUCCAGAGCGGAGAUGUGCUCCUGAUGCGUGUGAACCGACAGGAGAGGACGAUCGCGUUUACGCGCCUGCGUAGUGGUGAGCAGACGGAUCUGGGCGUCUUGUUUGAGGGCGUCCCACUCUCGUGCGACCUGCGGCCGAUGGUGGUGUGUGGUGAGGAGACGAUAGUGGUGUUCUCCACCCUCAAUUCGUGUCUCUUCCCAGCGCGCGUAACGUACCCGAUCAGCAACUUCAACAAUCCGUCAAAAGAUCGCGUCACCUGCAGUUCGUGCUUGCGCCGGCUAAGCCCGCCGUGGUACGGCAGCGAGGACAACAUCGCCUUGUGUGAGAUGUGCUUCAGCUCGUGGAAGCGGCCCAAGGACAUGUUCUUCGCGGUCAGCGCGGCCUCCCGCGCCAUACCAGAGUACCUUGUAUCCGUCCAUUGCCCCGAAACUCUUCGGGUCGGCGAGUACGUCGAGUUUGAGGAGAACGCCGCUCUGGGCUGGUCGGACAUACGCAGCGUCAACGCGGAGAUUCUGGACGGGACCUGCAUCGCCCUCCACGACGAGUGCUUCGCCUUCAGCGAAGAGCUCUCCCAGUUUGGGCCCCGACGAGUGGACAUUAAGCUCUGUCAUACCACUGGCGUGCUCGGCCACCCCUUCAGCGGGAUGCACUCCUUCACGCCUCUUUGGAGAGAUGGACAGCAGAUCCGCACCACCUGCACCCUUCGCGGCGACUGCGUCGCUGUCAGCGCCACUCUGCUCCCGAUGCGCACUAAGUCGUUCUUGAGCCUCCACAUUGGAAGCAACACGCACAACACACUCUUCUCCAUGACAGAGGUGUUUGUGGGUGUGACAAAUCUGGCCGACACGUCGAGGCCUAUGAGCCGCGGAGACUUGGAGCAGCUAUGCGGGGCGAAGAACGCAUGGGGGGCGUGGUGCGACACGAGCGAGAAGGUGAGCGGCAACGGGGACGUGUUCAUUUUGGUGGACUGUCUGAACAACUGCAUUUUUCUCAGCUCCACUUUGAGCGGGCUGUAUAGCAAGCCGUUCGUCAUAUCGGGCAGCAUUUCAGCGGACGCCGACGAGGAUAAUCUACGGCUUCUUGUCUUCUCGCAUGACCCGUGCAGCGUGCACUCGCGUGAGGGUCUUGUGUCGUACAACGAGUGCGUGGAGCCCAGCUUCGCGCCAGUCGCCAUCGGCCUUUUUCCAGAAAGCAGCGACGAGCCGUCGGUGGACACCUUCAACGAGGCCAUUGUGCUUAUGGACACGGUGGAGCGCACCCAGGCAUACACCAAGACGGAGUGGAGGUACACCCCGCACGCGGACAAGUUGGACAACGGGACGCUGUUUUACAUCGGCGACACCGUGACAUUCUUCCACGACGGAGAAGUCAUCCGCGUCUACAUCCAAGGCAUACCCAUGGCAAGCCUGGAGCUCAAAGACGAUCAGCGCUGCGAACGCCUCCGUAUCGUAGCGUACCUCUCCACGCGUGGCACGACGGCGACGAUUGUGCCUCCGUUGUACGGAACAUCGCAUCUCGGCAAGGUGACCCGUGUCUGUGGCCCGGACGUGGCGGUGGUGGAGAUGGUGUCGGAGGGUGGCAAAAGCGAGCGCUUGGCUGUUCAUCGCUCUGCAGUGCGCUUCUGCGCCAUGGUGGCCUCCGCGCUGGACGAGCAGUCGGGCCUGCGUGACGGCGACCCACUGGCGUUCAAAAUCGGUGGGCUGCAAAUAUCAAAGCGCGGCACCGUCGCCAGCGUGCAGGGCGCCGUCGUCAACGUGUGCGAAAGCAGCGACAAGCGCAACCUUCUUUCCAUCAACAUGAACCAGUGCUUUUUGCUGCGCAACGAAGGCAAGCAACGGUGCCGCAAUGCCUCGUACCCUCUCAUCUCACCGCCCACCAGCUCCAUCACACGAGUAUUUGAGGUCGGCAAGAAGAAGUUUCGCUUGCAGAGCCGCGGCUCCUACAACGGCAUCAUGUUCGACUGCAAAACGUGCGAGACGAUCGAGAUCAUUGGCCUCUCGGUGCUGACGCGUGUGACGGGCUGCCACCAGGUGCAGGCGUAUUUCCGCAAGGGCAGCAGCACCAACCACGAGCGCGAUGGGCGGUCGUGGACCAUGGUUUUUGAGGACAUGAUCGAUAUGACGGCAGACCAUCAAUUCAGCAUUCCCCUGGCGCCAAUCAUCGUCGAAGGUAACACGACGUUCGCCUUCUACAUUAACACCUCGCACAACUGUGGUGUCGGCUUCUACUGCGAAGAGGACGGGUGCGUCGGCGAGAUCGGACACGAGCUCGACACAGACGGCACGCUCUCCGUUUGUCUGGGCCGCAAGAGCGGCAGCAGCGACCCGUUCACGGAGUUCAGCAUGUCGCCUCGCGGGUUCUGCGGGACGAUCCAGUACAAGCAGAACCACGGCUCCUCUUUGCCCUCUAUUGAGGGCAAGCUGCUCGCGAGCUCCGCCAUGGACGCCAACCUGCGCCACUGCAGCGAUUCGCUGCGGCUCAUCUGCCGGCCUCCUGCUACGACGAAGGAUAUCGCUGUCACGUUUCGCGUCCGCGUCUUGUCACUGGCGGUCCGCAUCAUUUCCUUCUCCCUCCCUGUGCUGCUGCUGAACCCGUCGGCGAACGCCACGCAGGGCAUCUCGCACUGCUCCGUCUCGAUGUUCUAUACCCAGGAAGAGCGCGUUGAGUGGCAGUGGAUUUGGAACUCGCGCUUUUUGGUCGAGGACGGCCACGCAUCGGAGGUGACGCUCGAUCCGGCAAACUUGUGUAUUGAACAAGGCACCUACACCUUUCGCAUUCUGCUGAAGAACAUCGAGAGCGACGGCGUCGGUGCCCCACCACAUCUGUGCCUGCUGAGCAGCAGCGACCCAACCUAUGAACGCAAGAACGGCCUCAUUGCGGUUGACGGCUUCUUCGGUGACGUCACGUGCGAGGCGAAUACGCCAGUCUUGGAGGGAAAGCUGCACACGAUGGUCACCGGCGCGCACCUGAACCAGAGCAACUCAGCGUCGUACAACGGUAUCAUGUUCGACCUACGCAGCAAGAAGGAAGUUACGCUGGAGGAGGUCUUUUGCAUCUCGCAGACGACAUCUGAUCGGGUCACUGUGCGCGUCUUCUGGAAAGAAGGCAGCAUGGAAGGGGCUGAGAAGGCACCGCACCAGUGGCGCGAGGUGCUGACGAAGGAGGUGGCGGUGGUGGAUAAGCACCCCUUUUCUGCUGGGCCGCUGAUGCUGCGGAUGCGCGCGAAUCAAGUCUACUCUAUUUUCAUCAACACGUCUUCCAGCUGCGGCGUGCGCUUCUACAACAGCAGCGACGGGCACGUCGGCGACAUUCGCGACGAGUUCGACAGCGACGGCAUUCUGUCCAUCUUUGUGGGACGAAAAAGCGAGUCAUCAUCGCCAUUCGUGGAACUACCGCUAGAACCGCGCGCGUUUCGUGGGCGAAUCACGUACCGCACCUACGCUUUGCAGAACACUGAGUCGACCGAGUGUGCCAUCUUCCCGUACGUCCGAGGGUUUCUCGUCACCCGGAUGCUGGUAGCUCUCAUGUCCUACGUCGAACUGUCCGGCACCAACUUGUCCCCCAGCUUCUCGUUCGAAAGGCUGCUGAAGACGAUUUCGCUCCUGGCAGCGUCGCCGAUGGAGUCGCUGGGUGAUCUGACCGGCGCCGAAAACGUGCUCGCGACGCUCAUCCGCCGGUCAAGCGAGAUCCACAGCACCAUCGUGACGCUUCCCAUCUCCGGCAACCAAAUCUCGCUCAUCGCACCGUUGGCCAAAGGCGACGUGGCACUGUUGACAGAAACGCAGAGCGCUGACCCGAAUACGCUCGUCCGCCUGCGUACGCACGUGCAGCCCGACGGCACGGCGAUGGUGCACAACCUCGAUGAGAUGCAGCCGUUCCGCGUGCCCGCUAAGCGGCUGCUGCCUGUAGUGAAGUGCAUCGCAUGCGGAGGCGUCUACGCGUACGGCGUGUGCGCCGCCUCGGGUGCUGAGCACAUCCCGCUGGUGUCUGAAGACGCUCGUGCCGUUGAAAUCGUCGCGAAUGGGCUGCACGAGGCCGGACGGGUGGACACCGUGCAAGAGGCCAUAGAAGCCGCCGUGACAGCUGUCGGAAGUGCGCGGCGGCGCGACGGGAUGGUGGUGGUGGCCGACGUUGCCUCGAAAGCAAAGGCGGAGGUGCGAGUUCGCGUCGAGCCCGGCGGCGUCGCGUUUAUGAUUCCUGUCUCGCUCUUUCUCAGCGAGGAGGAGUACAGCGAGGGUAGCGGGACGCUGUGUCCAUUUGUGUACCACCAUGUCGCCGGCGCCGCCGUGUCGCUGCGUCUAUCGACGACAAAUGACUUUUUCUCGAUCCUAUUCAUGACCGACGGCGCCACCCACAGCACCGACGCGACAGCGGCAGCUGCGCCGGCGCGUUUCUUGCACCUGCGGCUCUGCGGUGGCGACGACGACGCACGCGAGACGCUCACGCAGGAUGACGUGCCGUUCAUGAUGUGCCGCGGCGGCGAGUCAUGCGUGUCGCUGGUCGACAGCGUCCACGCAGGCUACGCCGCCAGCUUGCAGCGCAACAGCGUGGUGUCGCUGUUCCUUCAGAUUGAGGCAAGCCCCCCGUUUCCGCUUACGCCGCCCGUGGUCGCGAAGGUGGAUUGCUGGAUGUGGGAGGGAAAUUCGGUCGAGACGCAGCUCAGCUCGACCAACGCGUCGUAUCUUCAGCACGUGUUCUCUGCAACGGGGGUGGCUGCCGGCUGGCCGCACUUUUCUGCCUUUAUGGUCACCGCCAAAGGGAAAGAGACGACCAUUUUCCUGGAGCUUCAUGUGGCGGAGGUGUAUCGACGCACCCUGUCGUCGUCAGGAAUGAUGAGUCGCGUUGCCCCGCUCACCUCCACCGUGCGGAUCCGCAAGCCGUUUAACGUGCAGAGCGACGAGGUGCUGACGCUGCGCGUAACGACGGAAGGCGACUUCUUCCUCUACGACACCAACGACAUUGUACGGUGCAGCAUCUCGAAAGAGGAGCUCUACGGCGGCAAGCACCAGAAGAAGCUCCACAAGAUUGGCUUCGUCAGCGUGGAUCCGGAAAAGGCGACGGCGCUGCUGUACGUCCCCGAGAAGGUUCGCCGCAACCCGCGCGUUGCUGUCACGCUGGACCACAAGACAACGUCAUCGACGCCGACGUCGCCAACAAAGACGUACAGCCCGUCGUGGGUGAAGUUUGAUGCAACACACAUCAACGUGACGCGCAACGGGCUGACGGCGAGCUCCGUUAACGAGAUGGGCGGCGGUGACGCAGUUCUCGGCACGCCGCUGCCUGCUAUCGGCGUCGCGUCUUUUGUCGUGCACAUCCACCGCAAGGACUCACAACCAGGCACGCCGCUCGGUUCCGGCUUCUUCGCCGGAGUUGCCCUGACGAGCUUCGCACAGUUCGCUCCCGAGUACACGGCAAUUAAGACGAACGUGGGCUCAUUGUGGGUUGUGCAGGACGUACAGGACGAUGACUCGAUGGCGAACCAGGAGCUCCUGCCACCGCUCAUGCGAUGCUCCUCUGGCCAAAAGGUUCUCUUCUGCGACAGCACCAAAAUUGUCUUCAUUGUCGACCGUAGCAACGGCACGCUCUCGAUUUCGCGCGACAACGAAUCGCCGCAAGUCGUUUUUCAAGGCAUCCCGCACGGUGCGUCUAUCUCUCCCUUUGUGCGCCUCGACCAUCCCAACUCGUCGGCCACGCUGGCGCGCUUCUCAAGCGCGGUGGAGUACGCGCGGUUUCACCAGCCGUCGUUGGAGAAGGUGCUAUGUUCGCAGCCCAUCACUCCGUCACUCCUGCGCCGCUAUCCGCUGUUUAUGGUUGUCCAAGCGUUCCCUUUUCUGUCAGAAAUUGUGCGCCAACUCCCGACCCGGCUAGCGGGUGUGUUGGAGCGUAGUUGGGGUGAGCAGACGACGCGCUCGCGCUUCGAGUAUCGGCUGUCGCGGGUUCUGGAGGAACUGACAGAGCUCGGUGCUUUUGCGCGCGCCUCGCCGGAGUUUGAUGCCGCCAAGGCGGACGCCAUCGUGGACUACCUCACGAAGUGCUCUCAGUGCGAGGUGGUGGUGUUUCCGCCGCGCAGUGACGGCGCUGCUGCUUUGCUUCCGGUGAAGGCGAAAGAGGCAAGCGUGCACAUCCGACUGCCCCUGACGUACGAGCUUGUGGGCCUGGUGGCCUCCACCAACAUGGUGCGCGUGCUGUACUUUGACGCGGAGUUCGGUGUGGUUGAGCGGACGUUGCACCUCUUCUACACAAGCGACAUGCGGUAUGUGCUUCACAGUACCAACAGCGUCCUGCCGCACUUAUCAGUGAUGCGGCAGCACGACAUUCUGCCUGCCCUCGACGAGGCAGAGGCGGUGGCCGUCAUCGCGGACGGCUGGUUUGAUUGCACCCUCGAAGACUACGACGGCGCACUCGAUAUCAAGGCGCAACAGGAGAUCGCAUCGUCGCUUGUUUACGCGUUAGAGCACUGGCACUUGCAUCAACUGGUCCACGGUCACGUGCAAUCCAGCAACCUGUAUCUACGCGUCGUGCACGGCGAGGUGGUGCAGUGCUGCCUGUGGGAUGUGCAUCAGCUGCUGCCGUCGAGCAAGUUUGCCUCGCACGAGCUGCGCGACACCGGCGUGCGCUCGCAGUUCGGCGACCGGUGGGGUUGCUGGCGCAUUCUGCACUCCUUUGAGCUGCUGCUGGCGCAGAACCCGCAGAUUACGGAAUGCGUGGAGCUCAUGGUGGACGAGGCGACAAGUAUCUCUCGCGCGCUGCAGCUCAGCGAAGCCUUCCAAGACACCUUCAGCGACAACGGCGAGGGACCGACGUUCUCGCUGCGGACCGGAUCGCGGCUGCGUGGUGGGUCGGGCUCGUACAAUGGGAUCAUGUUCGACGUCGUGGCGAAGAACAACACCGUGCGCAUUACCAAACUCUCCUUCAUUCCGGACACGAACACCGUGGCGACGGUGCGGCUCUACACGCGCAACGGCACCUUCAUGGGCUACGAACGCGACACGGAGGCGUGGACGAAGCUGGUCGAGGAGGAGCUGGCGCUGAAGGACACGUGGGAGGUGACAUUGGAGAACUUCGAGCCCAUCACCGUCCCCGCCGGCGCGAGGGUGGGCAUCUUCUUGCACACAACAAGUGGCAGUGGUGUUUUGUUCUUCUCGGAGAAUGAGGGUCUGCAGGGGCAGACCGGCGACGUGGAGGAGGAGAACGACGACAUCGGCAUCACCGUCGGCAAGAAAAGCGAGAGCGCAAACCCGUUUGUGGCCGUGCAGAGCCAGAAGCGUUUGCUGAAGGGCAGCAUUACGUACACCGUGCUCAUGCGCUCCAACGGUCCACGCAGCCGUCUCAUAUACUCGUCGGAGCCGGAGGUUGGUGAGGGGAAGAACGAGGACCACAUUGGCGUGCGCUUGGUGCAAAUUGACGAGAGCAAGGAAACGCACCAAGACCCGCAGGUCGCGUCCGUGACUCCUGGCGCCGUCGCCGCUGCAACGCAGGGGAACAACAACGAGGGGUCGACAACAGAUCUCUUCACGGCGGAACAGCUGUUUUCACCGACGUCUCGCCUGCAGAUCGUCGAUCCUUCCGUGACGCGGCGCAGUGCAGAGGAGGAGGUUCUUGCGCUCGUUGAGCCCGACCGCUUUGAGUGGCACCGCGCAUCGGAGGUCAUUUCAGUGCGUCCAGAGCCGCUGUUAGAGGCGGCUGCGCCACUGGUAUGCACGCUGGCGCUGAGCAAACUGCAACGGCGCCGCGCCCUUCUCCAGCAGCACAACGACGGCACUUUUGCGUUCCCGUGCCGCCCGCUGCAUUUUACCCCGUUGCCCAUCCGUGCCGAGGAUGCCGUGGCGACUACGCAGGCGUGGCUCACGCACCCUGCUUUGACCAAAGAGGUCACUCUCAUCUCGGAGCCAAUCACGACGUCCUGCACUCUCUCCUUCUGGCAAAAAAUCGCCGGGGCAGCAUCUCUUCGCAUCAUGGACCACGUUCCCACGAAGGAAGAGUUGCUCGCGAGCGCGCCGAUGACGCGCGAUUUGCUUGUGGGCACUCGUAGCACUGGUGGCUUUGUACACAUCGACGACAUGCUGCAGUUUGUUGCAUCCGCCCACAACCGCGUUCAGUUUCGGCUGAGAAGUCCUCUGUCGCAGAGCCCUGUCUACGUUGUGGCGGGCCUUCGCAACGUCAGCUGCCGCGAUGCGCAUCUGUUUGCGUACACAAACGCAGUUGAUUCAAAGCUGCUCGUGCCCGCGGCAAACGGCUGCUUCUUCAUGGCAGAUUCGCCUGGCGCUAGCGUGCGACAAGGCGACGCAUCAUUGCCGCUCGCUACCACACGGUAUUCGUCCGGCUGCUUCGUGGCUCUUGAAAGGAGAUGUGGUGCCGACGUUGCCGCCGUUGAUGAUGACGGUAACGCUGCGGUCUCAGAGUCUGUCGUGCAGCUGCAGUCGUUGAUUUCCAGUAAAAGCGAAGUACGGUUUGUGCGGUUGCCGCGAACGGAGACGGAAAGGGAAUCUUGUGUGCUGGAGACAAUACGUGGCGCCGAUGCAGCAUCCGGUUCGCCAGUGCGUGGCAACGUGCCCCGCUCGCCGCUACUGGUGGAGUUUCGCGAGCAGGUCAAGUGGAAAUCGAUGAAGAACUCCGUCGACUUUACGUGCCUCUCCUCAUCGCUCUCGAUCGUGGGGACGACAAGUGUGAGACAGAUAACUGGGGGUGCGAAUUGUGCCGGAACGGUGCCAUCCCCGCGGUUCACCGUGAUGGAGCGGCACCGCGUGCUGCUUCGCUUGCAAUUCCCGCGCAGCAGACCCAUCGAGCUGCUCCUGGACUGCAAGAGCGGGUCCUCCAACCCUAUCCGCAUUCUGCACGGCUCGUACACCUCGCUGAGCAGCCGCCUUUUCGACCCAGCCGUUCGUGAGGUCUUCCUGUACCUGGACGUCAACCUGCAGACGCGCGAGGUGACGGCGAUCAGCAGCGACGGAACGGUGUGCCACCCUUUCGUGGAAGACAACGCGUACUUUUCGGACAUACAGCUCGGUUUCGUGUUACAUGCGCCGGCGUCGCAAAUCGACGUGGUGGAAUGGAGGGUGUGUACUUCGCAGGUGCGCGGUGAGAUGAACGCGGUGGCCUUCAGGGAUGUGUUGGAGGAGACGAAUCUGCCCGCCGUUUCUGCGAACGUCGCCCUCAGCGUUGGAGCUGUGUGCCGCCACUCCCCUCGCGGUUCGCUCUCUGGCAAUCGCGAGGUCAACCUUUCCACGGAGCAGCAGAUGGAGGUGCUCAUGGUGACGUACGCGCGUGUGUUGCUUGAAAAGACGCUUCUGGCGCAGGAGCAGGCGCGCGCAGCGAUCCAGUCUCACUUUCUGCGUCUUCUUUCUUUCACGGCGCUUCGCACGCACCACGACAUCUCCCGCGUCCUCGACGGCGAGAUCAAACAUGGCUCCUUCCGGCUGGUGUGUCAGAGCAUUUCGCACCUCUGCUUGCCUUUCUUGCUCCAGGUCCCAACCGAGGUGGAGACGAGUGUCAACGUGGUCGCAUCCCUGAUGCGCAACGAUGUGUUUCGCCGCGCCAUUUCGAACGCGUUUGGUGCCUCACUCAUUCUGGUGCUGCUGCGCACCGCGACCGUCUACACCCGCUCGACGCGACACGCGUCCCUGCACUGUGUGCAAGAGCUCCUGGCGGAUGAGCGCGUUCCCCUGCCGUCGCACAAGGUCCUCACAGCACACCUGCGCCCCUUGACGGACAUGAUGGCGUCGUUGUGCCGCGGCCAGCGCAUGGGCUCAGCUGUGGUGCAAACCGGCGUGACAUUGAUUGCGGACCUCAUCGAGCGUUACCAGCGGGAGCGGCCCGCCCACCCCUACCGCGAUGCUCCCUCGGAGAUUCCGUACAAGCUGGUCAUGUGCGCACGCGAGAUAGUGCGUGCCAUCACCCACGAUCCUCCGCUGCCGCUCCCGGCCGCGAUGGUGGCUGAGGUGAGCUCCCAUCACACCCUGAAAUGCGACAUUGUGAAGCGGUUCAACGAAGCAGAGAAUCGUAUGUCCGCGGUCGGCGUGUUCACAGAAGAGGGCCGCGACGGUGACGGUAGCAUGUCGUUUACGGUGCUGGUCAAUGGAUACCGUCACGGCUCCAUUAUCGUGGGCUGGAACUCGGCGACACGGCCAGCCCAGCAAGACGCCUCGCUGCCCUGCUUCGGGUACUACAUCGACGGACGCACCGGCGGCGUGUUCCUGUGUUACAACUACACCAAGUCCUUCAAGGGACUCUCGCUGCGCGUCAACGCAGGGGACGAGUUGGUUACGUGCGCCAAUUACCGAGACCACCGCAUCAAUUUCGAGGUGAGGCGAGGCGGCAUCACAGUGGGCGAGACGAAGUUCGACACGGAGCGCGAAGUGAUCGGGCUGCCGUUCUACGCCGUGGAGUACAGCGAUGACGCCACGUUGGACCUGAAUUCGUUCCGUCCAGGCCCACAGACACUUUCGGUGCCGCGGUUGUAUGAGAGCAUUUUGCAGUCCCCUUACGAGCAAGACACCGUCGCGCCGCAGUCGUACGACUUCUACGCGGAACUCAACAUUUUUGCGCAGACCGCUCUCGACGUGCGCACCAGUGCCGACCUCGUCUCUUGUUUGACAAGUGAAUCCACUGUCGCGAGCCACGAGCUAGCUAGUUACACGCAGGUUUCCUCCGUUCUCGCCGCGGGUGCGUUUGUAGACAAGAUCUCUCUUUUACCUCUGAAGCCGUAUCUUGUGCGCCUCAAGAAGCUAGACGAGCUGACGGCCGAAUUUGCGCCGCUCAUCAACCUGCGCCGGCGGACGGAGCUUUUUGACAUUUUUGGAGUUCUCAAAAACCUUUGCUCGCGUGCGACAGAGGAGCAGAUUCAGACGCGCAUCAUGACCCCCUUUCAGCAUCGCCAAGGCAAGAAGGUGUCUGUGACCAUCCACACGAUGCAGGCGCAGCCGACAAGCACCACCGGCGCGUUCCCCACGCUGAUGCGCUCCGUCUUUGGCCAAUUGUACCUCCAACUGCAGCAGGCCACCAUUGACACCUUCUUCGUGUCGCCCAUCUUCACCGUGAAGCUCGCCGGCUUUGGUUCGACCGACGCUGGCGGCCCCUACCGCGAUGUCCUCUCUCAGCUCGCCACGGAGAUCAUGACGACGCACCCGAGUAGACAGUGUCAACUGAAUCCGCUUUUCGUGAACUGCGGACGCGGCGACGCCACCGCGAUUAUGCCGAACGUCGCUCUUCUGAGCAGCGCGCAAACUUCUCUGAUGCUGGAAUUUUUUGGCAAGCUGCUGGCCUCGUUCUUUUUGACACAAGACCUGCUGGCGGUUGAACUGCCGCCGCUCUUCUGGAAGCUGCUUCUCGGCGAGGAGGCAACCAUCAAGGAUCUCGCCACGCUGGACUCCGACAUUGCAAAGCUUCUGCAGCCGGAAGAGCUGAUGAUGCGCACACAAGAGGAGCUGGACGAGCGUUUCCCUGGAAUUACGCAGAUGUGGCAGGUGAUCGUCGAGGACAAUCAGCAGUUUCUGCUUGACGACAACCUACCGCCGGAGACGGAGGAUGGCGCGCGACUGCUCUCCCGCCGCAUUGUGGCGAGCGAAAUUGAGCGCUUCACGGCGGCGAUCGGCUACAUCCAGCAGGGAUUUGAUCAGGUACUCCCGCUGUACACGCUGCAGGCGUAUCGGUGGCAGAAGGUGGAGCUACUCAUCUGCGGCACACCAAAGCUUACCUGUGCCGACUUCCGCAACGAGUGCGACAUACAGCUCAAUACCCCGGACGCCACCAUGUUCCUGGCGGUGCUGGAGGGCAUGACCGAUGAAGACCGCACAUCGCUGCUGCGCUUCACAACCGGCCAGUCGCGGCUGCCGCUCAAGACAAAGAUCAAAGUGACACACAACGGCAACAAGGAUACGUUGCCCACCAGCAGUACAUGCUUUUUUGCUCUGCGUCUGCCGUCUUACUCGUCUGCAGAAAAGAUGAAGGAGCGUCUCCUCUACGCCGUUCGCCAGUGCAAGGCCAUUGACGCGGACGGUCAGGCGCGUGAGCACCUCAUUCUCGAUUAG